AAAGAACCUUUCCAGCCACCGUCAUUCCUGCUUGCAACCUCAAUCCACGGCGGCGCUUUGCUCCUUUAUAAACGAUGCAAGAACAAUCACAAUAUGCUGCCGCUGCUCAUGUUCCCUUGAUAAAGUCUCCAAGUCUUCGUGUACCUCGACCGGUCGAAAUGCCCCAGGAUAUACACCCUCUACCUGAUUCUGUGACGGCUUAUUUUGUAUAUCCAUUCACGCUCGAACCGCAUAUUCUGACUGUCGAAUCGUCACGUCGAACAACGUUCGCUGCCCAUACCGCGCGCCGUGAAGGAUUUCUCCGGGCGCGGAAUGACGAGAAGGAACGGCGGAAGCGUGAGGCACUACGAAAGAUUGCCCCUGGUUUCGAGCCAGCCGGAUCAGUCCUGGUGCCUACGAAAACAGGAUCUGUUAGUAACCCGCCUUCUAACAAUACCCCUGGCCCUGAGCUGCCCAGUAGUCACCAGCGAUCGAACUCGGUCAUGGAAGAUCUGGUAGAUAAGCUGGCCGCCCUCGAUUCCAAAGACGAUUCCUCCCAGUGAAUAACGUCGCGUAUCCUCAUACAGAGAAUUUUGUUGUAUUCGGCGUUGGUGGUAGUUUCACGGACUACACUGAAUAUCAUUUACGAUUAUUCUACGUUUCCGUAAUUUGUACAUCUAUUGUAUAGGGCGCUGGCAGCUCUUCUAUAAACAACCAAGAAAUCACCAAGAAAUGAAUGACGA